GACAUUGCUUUUGUGGGAGUAACAAUGCCCCAUCUUUGUUAUUAGGGGAGUAAUAGCACCCCAUCAUUGGUGUCAGUGGGAGGGAUAGUGCCCUAUCAUUGGUAUUAGAGGAGUAAUAGCUCCCCAUCCUUGGUAUCAAUGGAGGAAUGGAGCCCCAUCAUUGGUGUCAGUGGGAGGAAUAGUGCCCCAUCAUUGGUAACAGUGGGAGGAAUUGUACCCCAUCAUUGGUGUCAGCGGGAGGAAUUGUACCCCAUCAUUGGUGUCAGCAGGAGGAAUAGUGCCCCAUCAUUGUAUCAGUGGGAAGAAAUAGUGCCCCAUCAUUGGUGUCAGUGGGAGAAUAGUGCCCCAUCAUUGGUGUCAGCGGGAGGAAUA